GUGGCUGGCGACGGGGCCUCUAAGAAAGGAAGUCCCUGGAGGAGCCCCCCUCCCAGAAAGACGACUCAGUUUUGCCGGGGAAACUCACUAGCACCAACGGGCCAUUAGUUCGCUGUGGCAAACAGGAAGAAAGGAAGUUUGGAAGGGAGAAGCUGCCUUCCCCGCCGUCGCCUCCGGGGCUGGGACUUACAGAAGAGGCCUCAGCGGCGGCCGCAGCAGCAGCAGCCGCCUAGUUAGAGCUGGACAGCGAUUUCUGGCCCUCCCCUUCCCGGUUUUGGGCCCCAUCACAAAAUUGUUAGAAUGGCAAUGCAAGUGCUGGGGCAGUCUGGUGGCAGCAGCCUGUUUUCUGGCAGUAAUAACCUUGGCAUGUCAUUGUCAAACGAUAUGUAUGACUUCCCUGAACUUUCCAAAGCUGAGCUGGCAGCUCCUCAACUUAUUAUGUUGGCAAAUGUGGCGCUUACAGGAGAAGUUAAUGGCAGCUGUUGUGAUUACAUGGUUGGUGAAGAAAGGCAAAUGGCUGAACUGACAACAGUAGGCAAUACCAACUUUUCAGACAGUGAUGGAGAAGGAAUUGAUGAUGCACAGGGUGUGGAACCCGCCUGUGAAGGCCUGGAGGAUAUGGAUAUAGGAGCCCUUAGAGCUCCUGAGGUUCGUAAUGUGGAAACUGAAGGGCUGACAGAGUCUUCUGUUCCUCAUACCUGUAGCCCAGACAAAGGCUUCCCACUGGAAAUGGCAGUUGUCCCUGAGAAUGUAGGUGACAAAUGUAAAAGUUUGAAAAGCAAGCCAUUUCACUGUAAGCCGUGUCAGUAUGAGGCAGAAUCAGAGAAAGAGUUUGUCCAUCACAUUCGGGUACACAGUGCCAAGAGAUUCAUUGUAGAAGAAAAAGCUGAGAAGCAUGGCCAGGCUAAAGAAACUGACUCAAGCACUACAGAUGAGGUUGAUUUCUCCAAGGGUCCGAUAAGAUGUGAUCGCUGUGGCUACAACACUAACAGGUACGAUCACUAUCUGGCUCACUUAAAACACCACAACAAAGCAGGAGAAAAUGAGAGGGUCUACAAAUGCACCAUCUGCACAUAUACAACAGUCAGUGAAUAUCAUUGGAAAAAGCAUCUAAGAAACCAUUUUCCACGGAAAGUAUACACAUGUUCACAGUGUUCCUACUUCUCAGACCGGAAGAACAACUAUGUUCAACAUAUUCGAACACAUACAGGAGAACGUCCUUAUUGUUGUUCUAUGUGUCCUUAUUCAAGUUCUCAGAAGACUCACUUAACCAGGCACAUGCGCACUCACUCAGGUGAGAAGCCAUUUAAAUGUGAACAAUGCAGCUAUGUGGCAUCAAACCAGCAUGAAGUGACUCGACAUGCAAGGCAGGUUCAUGAUGGACCCAAACCUCUGGCUUGCCCUCACUGUGACUACAAAACAGCUGACCGAAGCAACUUCAAGAAGCAUGUUGAGCUUCAUGUUAGUCCACGGCAGUUCCUUUGCCCUGUCUGUGAAUAUGCUGCAUCUAAGAAAUGUAACUUGCAGUAUCACAUCAAAUCCAGACAUCCUGACUGUUGUGACAUCACAAUGGAUGUUUCCAAAGUAAGACUACGGACUAAAAAGAGUGAAGUGAACACGUCUGAUAGCAUUAAUGGUGAUAAUAAUAAAGUGGAACAAGAACAAACAAAGAAGGAAUUGACUGAAAAGAAAAGCGAGAGAGCUGUAAAAGAGGAAAAGAAAGAGAAUCUGUCAAAAGAAAAGAAGCUAACUGGUAAUGUUGGUGUAGGCCAGGUUACAACUAGAAGUCGCAAGACCGUGGCUGAAAACAAAGAAGCAUAUGUGAAAACAGAGAAAACAACUGAGAAAAAUGUUAAAACAAAGAAGACAAAAAGAAAAGCAGAGACCAACUCUGUUCCUUUUAUGCAAGAUUUUGCAACAGACACUGAUCCUGUAGUGAAAAAGAAAAAGAAAACAGAGAAAAAAUCCCCCAAAUGCCAGAACUCUCAAAAAGGUGAAAGCAAAUUGGAGGUCACCAAAAAGCAAAAUUCUUGCCUUAAGAAAAACAAAAAAAAGAAGCAUCUAAAGACUAAGUCUAGUGGCAACAACAAAAAGCCUGAUUGUGAGAAGAUAACAGAUGAGGAAUUGGUUCAUAAAGAAUGUCCUACUAUGCAAGGGGGAGAAAGUAAGCCAUCUGGUUCCUGCAAUGUGCAGCAGCCCGUUGUUGCGCCCGAUGAUGGUGGGAGUCAAUUUGACCCUGGAGAGAACAGACAGGAUCAGGAGCCACCACCUGCACAACAUGUGGCCCAGAACAUGGAGCCAGAAGUGAGAGAUCAGGAAAUGCCCAUUGCAGAAGAGACCACAAAAGCUGUUUCUCAGAAUGAAGUUGAAAUGCAACUGGAAAUUGUACCUGGGACCAGCUCCAAGGACUCUGAUGUCAUCUUGGAAAAAGAAACAGAGGUACUCAAAAACAGUUUACCAGAUUUGGCCCAAGAUAUUCAGACAUCACAGACUUGUGAAAUGGAAGUUGUGAAAGCAAAUAUAGUGCAAGAGGUUCAGCCAGUGCCAGCAUGUGAGAUAGUAACUCAUAGUGCAAACCCAGAAGAUGAUAAUUGCAAAAACCAGUUGCAAGCUGAAGACCCAGUAGGCACUCCACCAUCACAGCUGCCAGGGAAGUUAGAGCAGAGCACUAAAGCAGACCUGGUUUCCGUAUCACCCAGUCGCACAGUAGCAAGUGAAAAUCAGGAAAUGGAAGAAGACGAGGGGAUCCACAGUCACGAUGGCAGUGAUAUCAGUGACAACAUAUCAGAAGGCAGUGAUGAUUCUGGGUUAAAUGGUGCUCGGACGGCACAAGAGAAAACAAGUCAGAAACCAUCCCAAGAAGUGGCAGAAGCCAAGGCCGCAAAGGAGAACUAUGUGUGUAUAUUCUGUGAUCGUUCAUUUAAAAAGGAAGGCGAGUACAGUAAGCACCUGAACCGUCAUUUGGUAAAUGUGUAUUAUCUUGAAAAGGCAACAAAGGAGCAAGAUUAACCAAACUGCGGUUUCAGGAUAGCUUCUUAUUCUUCUGUAAGACCUUUUAGAGCUUAGGUACAGUUCUUGUAGAAUCUUUGCUUAAGCUCACUUUGCUCAUACUUUUCAUUUGAUGGUUGUUGUUUUUUCCUGACCUUUGAUGAAACGUUAAACUAAUUAUUUGUAUCUCUUUGAUUAGAGAGGGCAAGUAGAGUGUGUAACGCUAUAGCUUGCUAAGUUGGCACAAGUCCCUGGGAUAGAGCCCUGGAAUCACUUGAUUAUUUCUGUUGAUCUGCAACAGAACGAGACACACAUUAGUUGGUUUAGGAAUGGUGACCUCAGGACACUGAGAGUGUCUCCUACACAAGCUCUGUCGAGAUGAAUUAAAGUGUGCAAAUGCACUGCAAUGGUGGUGUUCAUUUUCAUAAGCCUUGAGCAGGAGAUGCUACCAGUUAACUUCCCACAGUCUGGACCUUAUCUGCUCAUUACAUUUUAGUGAGACAGUUUUAACUUGGAGUUAGUUUCAGGCUUGUUGUGAUUCUCCUAUCCUUCUCAUUACUGCUUGGAGAAAGUCAGAUGCCAGCCAGGGCUUAUUUGAAUGUGAUAUCUUCCUGAUCAAGCGGUUUGGAUCCCAUUUCUUUGGCCUGCUCAUAAUUAUGUGCCACAUUGUGGGAUACUUUACUGUGGUGGAUUACAUGUCACUGCUGUGUAUGUGUGUGGAUGCUGGAACCAGAUGUGCAGGGCUACUUGUGCGAAUCUUUCCCAAUAACUUGGAAAGACUCUUCUACCUAUGUGGCUCUGAUAUACAGAAUUCUUAGCUGUAUAUGCAUGGAAGCUUUCUGGAGACACUGAAUGGUCAGGGAGAUAGUAUGUUCAAAAACAUAGCAGUGCAUCACCCACUCACAACUUUUUCUGUGAGAAGGGUACAUAUUGUUGGUAUGAAAUCCUGAGGCUCAUUCCUGGUUAAUAUCUCUUUGGAAGGUGCCAAAUGCAUAAGGCCAUCUGUGCUUGUUGAACAAAGUGUUACAGCAACAGAAUUUUCAAAAUGGGAAUGUUACUGGUCCAAUGCUUCUGACUGGCUAGGAGUGAACUUGAUCUCAUGAUCAUAUUUUUAAUUUGCAUAUACAUUUCAGAUCCCCCAAUCAUGAUCAGCUAGCCAAAAUAUUGAAGUUCUUUCCAUCUAUUGAUUGGUGAAUCCAUUAUUUGGUAACUAUUACUUUAAGGCAAGGUUAUUUCCUUUUGUGCUUUAAGAGAAGAAAAAUAUUGCACAGAAUUUUUAUUUUUACCUAUGCAGUUUAAGCCUUUAGGAGUUUAGGGUUUGUGUUUUAUAUGUAUAUUUUAUAUAUGCAUGUUUGGUUUUGUUAAUGGAUUUCCUUCCUUAUGUUGACUUUUUCAGGUUUGUUGCUUAUCAUGGCCAGUGUUCUCUUUUUCUUUUAGCUACAACCUUUGGUUCUAUAUUGGUUAUAUGUGAUUUUUUUAAACAAUCUUGUGUCUGCCAGACACUGUCUAUUAAGUCGUAGGAUAUAUCAGAGUCUAAACCUUAGACCUCAUGUGCUGGGAACAGAGCUGGGGCUCUGACCACAAAGCACCUCCCCUUACAGCCAGCGUGGUCCUUUCCAUAAGUGCCACUUUGGAGGCAGCAUUGAGAGGAAGGGGUUCUCGGAGGAGUGUAGGAAGGAGACUUUGACAUGAUACAAGGAGUUCUGGCAGUGCCUCUGCCUCGCCUCCUCACAAAUAGGAGCAAAAGACAGAUGGUAGAAAUGGUCUGUCUGUGUCUUUGCCAGGAGGGAGAAGUGUGGAGACAAUCCUUGUCUCUGUGCGGCUCCAACACUCUUCAGUUGGUAGGGUUAUGGGCAAUCACAUUGGAUGGCACCCUUAGGAGCUUUAAUUGAACAAUAACAUUAAUUGAACAAAUGAUAAUGUGCACAAGCUGUGGGGAAGUUGUUUUGCUUAAACCUUUAUUAACUGAGUGGGAGCUGGCUAAAGAGUAGCUUCCUAGCUCUCUGCAAGGCCAGCUUUCCUGAAGAUCAUGCCCUGCUUCCCAAAGGCAGUUCCUGCAUACUUUCAUACAUCCAUUGGAUUCUGGAUCUAUCCUAUAACAUAUAAUCUGUUUUCAUGCAGAUAGUACACCCACUCUUUUACUGCUUUUUGUUAUUAUUUUGAAAAUGCUGUUAUUGGAAGGAAAUAUUUCACAGUUCCCAUUAAAAUGAACAAGAGAUGCGCAAGAACCCCAUUUGUCUUUAUCUCCUGUUCCUUUCAAAGAGGCUUGUAUGAGAGAAUUUCCCAGGAGAAUGUAUUAAUGGAUGAUGCUUGCUAAAUUCUUAAAAUGUACUAAGGAAUAUUACAAAUGAAAUAGUCAAAUUCAUGCAAAAUAAUAUUUUCUAGUUCCACUGCAUUUGUAUAUGAAAUAUUUGGAGCACAGUCCACCUAGGCACUCUGAUUUCACACAGCUUGCAUUUAUUUCAGUGAUACCCAUGCAAGAGAAUUGCCGAUUGGGUUCUGCCUUGUCUGCUUACUUUAGCAUUGAAAAAGUUCUGUUGUUCAUCUAAUGCCAUGCAUCAGAAAAAUCCUGGUAAGCAACAAACCUUGAAUUAGGGCAGAUGUAAAAAUUGCUGUUCUUUAUUCAAUCAAGUUUUAAUUAAAUUAAUUACUCUGGUCCUUUUAUAGUUGGCAUAAAGAUAAAUUGAAAUGAUUGGAUAUUUGAAUUAUAAAUUGUAAACUGGGAGAAGAGUCACAAGUAACUUUCAGACUGGUUUAUUCACCAUUAAGACCUGCUUCUCAAUGUCUUUGAAUAUACCAGCAAUGACAACCUGCAGAUAAUUAGCAAAAUUGAGCUAACAAUCUUACCUGUACACCCAUCCUAUUUGAUUUUUUUUCUUUAUUGUUUCUGGAAAUGAAUAUUUUGUUGAAAUAGAGCAAAACAGCAGACAUGGGAGCGUUACAUUGUCAAAGGGCCCAAUCUGCUGAGACGUUUUGCAGCACAAAUCCAGCUAUGGUGUUAUUUUACUGCUCUGGUCUGUUUCUUAGGGUUUGUGCAGAAGUUGCUGGCACAUUGUCGCCCCCCCCCCCCCCGGCUACCAGUGUAGUUUUCUGCUCUACUGCAAGCAUAUUAAACUAUAAUUUGUUUCCCCUUAGUCUCCCCUUGCCCUGCUCCCCUUCUGUUGGCAUUUUGUGUGCUUCCAUUUCAACAUAACUUGACUGAAUAGAGGAAACUGAUACUUCUGUAUAGGGGUGGGGGUGGGAGACUGGAAAUAGGAGGCCAAAGAUCUGAGGGAGAAAAUCCCUUUAGGGCAGAAGUAAAUUGUAUAACAUUAGUUAUUUGUGUGUGAAUAGCUUAUGUUCAAGACUUACUUUCGCUGUGACAAUCAUUGUCAAUUGAAAAUCAAGUUGCAACUAUAUUUAUGUUGAACCAUUAAACACUGCUGAAAUGUCUUCCUAACCAAUUAGUUGAAAUAGUAUUAGAUGCAACUUUAUUGUUGGGUGUAAAAAUAUUGUCAUUUUGUAAGAGGUUUGGACAGAGGCUGGAAAUUCCAGUACUGUGUAGACAGAUUUUUGGAACUUUUCCUGUUUUUAAAGAGAUGCUUCCAUUUUGUAAGAGUCUUCAUGGUCUUGGGCUACAUUUUCAUGAUUUUUUUUAAAAAGCCAAGUUGAUUUAAAAGAUAAAGCAAACAGGUAGCAAUAGUGAUAUAAGAUGAAUAAAAAGGCUGUUAUGUUACACAGAAUAUUCUACUAGCAAAUUAUCAAGACAAAAUAUUUCACACUUGGAAAAACUGUAGAAGACAGUGCCUGUGUUGGGCAGUAUUCUUGCACAUGAAAGGGCAAAACACUUAAGUAUUAAGAAAACAAAUCUUCCAAUGAUCAGAUCAUUGUAUCCCAAGUUACCUUGGAUAUUGUGACUCUAAAUUCCAAUACAUUUUUACCAUGUUGUUGUCUUAGAGAGAUUUGAAGAUUUUUAAGAUAUACAGUAAAAGAUAACAUGUCAUGCAUCUCUGAAUGUUAGACGUUGCUAAAGAAUAAGCAAAAUUAGGGUUAAAAUGUAGAUAAUGUACUGUGUUUCUGCCUAAAGUAGGUAUUUCUUAAAUUAAACACAGGGCUUACAGGAAUUUGGACUCACCUUUCCAGCUUCUUCCUUACUAAAGGGCUUCUCUCAGCAGCAAUCCUUGUAAGAAUAUUCCAAUCUGACCCAUACUGUAAUAUCUCAUGUUGUUGGUACCAUGCUGGGCAGUGUGGCUAGCAGAACAUUUAAAGUUUAUGGAAACAAACAUGAAAACUCAAUGCUGCAAGACACCUAAAGAAUGGAUAACUAGGAACUUGCAACACAUCUUAAUAUUGCUGCUAUCUGGGGAUUGAUUGACCUAAGGGCUGGAACUUUAAAUCCUUCUUACAGAACAAACUGACAGGUCAGUUUACUCAUAACAUUGUAAAUUUCAGUAUGUUAGGUUUUGCUGAUGAUUUAGUUGUAAACACAGGUUCAGUUAGAUGUAUUGAAUCUUGUCUUCGUAGCUAACACGCUGAGAUACAAUAUUAAUUGCAUUCAGGCAGCUUAAGGAAAUGUUUCACACAUGUGUAUGUAUAUACACCUUUCCUCCCUAAAAAGAAAAUCACACUAGCUAAAGAAGUUUUUGUAAGCUGGCACUGAAACAUUUUAUGUUUGGUUGCACCGUGUUUGAAGCUUUUUACAGUGCAAUACUUGUAUUAUUCUCUCAAUUUAAACCAAAGGUAAUUUUUCAUGCUUUCUAUCUACUGUAGUGCAUGAAGAGCUUUUAUACAGUUGUAAUAAGAUAUAAAAUCAGAACAGAUCACAUGUCCUGGGUUUUUUUUAUUCACGUAAACAAUGUACAAGCCUUUGUCCAAAAUGUAAGGUGUUAAACUAAAUUGCAUAUUAACCCUUGAGUGUAUUUUCCUAAGCAUAGUUAUAAGUCAAUAAACUUUAUUAAGGAACA